AUGUUUUCUGGUCCCGUGCGAGUGCAGCCUGACGUUAAGUAUGUGGCGGAAGUGGUUGUUUUGGUCACCUCCCUCGGUGCCAAGCGCACGGAGUUCAAUGCGGGAAAGCGCGCCAGGGACCUCUUGGAGAUCAAGGGUGUCCACCACAAGAUCAUUGAUUUCAACCGUGAUGCUCGCCAAGCUGGAAGCGGUGAUUCAGAGAACAAGGCAAUUGCCAAGCUGAAUGCAGAUGGUAGACUUCGAAGUGGCAACAAUAAUGACCUGAUUCUUCCUCAGGUUUUUAUCGAUGGCCAGUUUGUGGGCAAUGGCACCGACCUGCAAGGCCUUGAAGACGACGGCCUGCUUGACAACAUCCUGAAGCGCCAAGCGUGCAUGAGCUGCGGCUCCACUCGGCGGAAGCCCGACAUGACGCAAUGUCCAGCCUGUUGGGCUCACUUCGAGGAGAUACUACCUGGCGAGAUGACCAUUACAGAGAAGCUUCAGGAGUUCCAGGAGCUUCAGGACGAUGAGUUUGAAGAUGAAGAAGAGGAGGCAUUGGAGGAAGACAUGAUGCCUACCAUGACUGGCAUGCCUACGGAGAUACCAGAUGAACGUUCUCGUCGUGCAGGUUACGGAACAGCGAACAUACCAGGUCCGCAGUACACUGAAGAGGAGCUGGCUAUUCUAGCCACUGCUGAGUUUGAGAUCAAAGACCAGGUUCAGUACUGGAGUGAUUCUCGGAAUCGUUGGAUGGAUGCAGUUGUGGACAACAUUCGUCUCAAAGACGGCAGAGUCGUGUACGAUCUGAACUGCAAGCGUGGAGCACAUGCAGACAAGAUCAGGAACUACGACAAUGCUCCUGAGGAAUGA